AUGUCCAGAAAUAGCGAUGGCGCCACCACAACCACCAUCUCUUUGCUCCAAGACACGGAGGCAGCAGAGAAGAACAGCUGCGGAGAUAGGCCGAAAGAGCCAUGGAAAGGCGAACUUGUGAAGAGCAUAGUGUACUCCGGACUCGAUGCUAUCGUCACUUCGUUUUCUCUCAUUUCUUCCAUCUCCGCCGGCCGUUUAUCUUCCGUUGAUGUGUUGGUUUUGGGGUUUGCUAACUUGGUGGCCGAUGGGAUAUCAAUGGGGAUGGGAGACUAUGUUUCGAGUAACACAGAGCAUGACGUGGCGGCGAAGGAGAAACUCGUGACGGAAUGGGACGUCACUAACCGUCGCCGCCUUCAAGAACAAUCGUUACUUGAUCGGUAUCGAGCUCUAGGGAUGAACCAUGAAGAUGCAGCAAUGGUUGUGGAAAUCUUUGCAAAGUAUAGCGACAUAAUGGUGGAGGAAAAGAUGGUCCAGAACGGAAUAUUAUCACCGGAGGAAGGGGAGAAGCCAUGGAAGACAGGCUUAGUAACUUUCGGAGCUUUUCUAUUGUUUGGUAGUGCUCCGAUCAUUGCAUUCAUCGUUCUCAUCCCAUUUACCCAAAACGACACCCUCAAGUUCAUCGGUGCAUGUGUUCUCUCCGCCCUUGCACUCGCGGCUCUCGGAAUCGCGAAGGCGAAGAUCGCCGGUCAGAAUUACGCGUUGUCGGUGGUGGGAACCCUUUUCAAUGGUGCAAUUGCUGGUUUUGCGGCUUAUGUAAUUGGGUGGGGACUAAGGAAUGUGGCUGGAUUAGAAGAAGAAUAG